AUGGAAAAAAUGCACAAGAGCAGGGGAUCUUCAUGUUAUACUAGAGACCAUGAAACCGGUAUAGAUUUCUAUGCCGUCUCUCAUAUACGUCUUCAAUGUAAGGACUUUACUUACUAUUCGUUUGACUUUAAGAAUGACGCAGUAUGCACGGAAGUAUUCAACAAACUUAGUUCCUUGAUUUCGGUGCCCAAAGUGAACAAAAACAUCCAACUUUUCUAUGCAUUUGCGUAUAAACGCAAUGUACUCGAAGAGAAGUUGCCUAACUCCGGUUGGAAUCAUUACAAUCCACUUAUGGAGUACCAACGUCAAGGUUUGAUCAAUGACUAUUGGAGAGCUUCCUCAGUGAAUGAAGACUACAAGUUUUGUCCCUCGUAUCCCAAAGUAUUUAUUGUUCCGUCAAGUAUAUCCGAUAGUGUUUUAAAGCAUGCCGGUAAGUUCCGUUCCAAAAUGAGAAUCCCGGUGAUAGUGUAUAAGCAUAGACUGGGAGGGAAGAACGGGAAUGUUAUUGCCAGAUGUGCCCAACCUUUGGUGGGUCUUAACUUACAGAAUCGUUCUUUGCAAGAUGAAAGGUUAAUUUUGGAAAUAUUCAAAACCCAAGAGUCAGAAAGAGCCACAGUAUAUUAUGAACAAGAUCUGGUUGUACUUAACAACGAACAACCACAGAAAAACCUAAUAGUGGAUUUAAGACCCCUUACUAAUGCAAUGGCUCAACAUGCGUUAGGUGCUGGAACAGAAAAUAUCGAUAAUUAUAGAGGUGGUAAUGACCAUACUACGAAUAACAGCACACAACCAAAUGCUUCAGGUGCCACAGGGGGAUCGAAAGGAUCUGAAUCAUCCCAAAGUAGACGAAAUGUGGAUAAGAUAUUCUGCAAUCUUGAUAAUAUUCAUGUGAUGAGGGACUCUUUGAAUAAGCUUUCUGCAAUCUUAAACGACAUCGAUAAAUAUCCACAACAACUUUUAACCACUACUACAGAUACAGAUGAUACAAGCAACGGGUUAAACCCCCCAAAACUUGCAGAGUUUCAACAAGCAUUAACCAAAACUCAGUGGUUGAACAGACUUUCACUUAUACUUCAAUCUGUUGAUCGUAUCACUAAGUCGGUUCAUCUCAAUAACACCAAUGUGGUUAUUCAUUGUUCAGAUGGAUGGGAUAGAACGUCUCAAGUGUCUGCUUUGCUGCAGCUUUGUCUUGACCCAUAUUAUAGAACCAUUGAUGGAUUUAUCACUCUCAUAGAGAAGGAAUGGAUAAGUUUUGGGUUUAAAUUCAACACAAGAAGUGAUCAUGGAGGUUGUAUUGGUGCAUAUUUAGAAGUUCCACAACAACAAACUCCAACAUAUUCAAAUACCAAUACAGGUGUGUCUUCUUCUCCUCCCCCAGGAUAUGAAAAUACAGCAAUUGGUGAUACAGAAGACUACUCUACACCAAGACAGGCAGUUACUUCGUUUCUCCAGAGAGCAGCAUACCACAUUAAGAAUACCGCCAGUAGCAGCAUGAAUGGUUCACAUACACCCGGAAUGCCACAGUCAACUAAUAGAAUAAAUGAAAAUGGCUCCAAUACCAAUGGUGGAUCAUCUCAGAAACCACCCAACACUAUCAUUUACGGUGGGAGCAAUGAACGGUCUCCCAUAUUCCAUCAAUUUUUGGACUGUGUGUUUCAAAUUGUACGCCAACACACCAACCAGUUUGAGUUCAAUACCAGACUUUUGAAGAGACUCUUUUACCAUUACUACUCAUGUCAAUAUGGAUCAUUCUUAUGUGACAGCGAGCUUGAGCUAUUAAACAAUGGACUACAAGAUAAAACGGUAUCGGUAUGGGAUUAUUUCAAGUCUCGACCUCCAGAAUUCACCAAUCCGGGGUAUAACCCAGUUGAGAAUGAGGUGCUCUUCUUUAACUUUAUGGAUGUAAGAUGGUGGUAUGAACUCUACGGCCGAACGGAUGAAGAGAUGAAUGGACUUUCCAAAUCUCUAGAGAAGAAGUUUGCCGAAAUGAAUGUUAAAUGA